CUGCGGGGAGCCAGAGACAGCAGACACUUCACCAGCUUGAGCCAUGCGCUGCAGACACAGUGCUAUAUCUCUCCUCCCAGUAGCUGGUCAGGCCAGCAGUACAGACCCUACAGCUUCUUCACUAAAUUGCCUGACCUUACACCACUAAUUUAUGGAGUUUGGAAGGCGAGGCCUGGCGUACCCCAGUUUGGGGUGGGAAGGUGGGCUGAGGCAUCCCCCUGUGACAGCCACUGUGGUUUAACCACCCAGAAUCAGCUGGCACUGCUCUUUCCCCCAAGCUCUCUGGUGAGUUCUACACCCCCACCCCCACCCCACCCCUGUGGUGGUGCCUCUCACUCCUAUAGCCACAGGGACCCUCGGAGACCUAACUGCUGUUCUCACUUUGGUCUUGCCCAGGAAACCCACCAACAGCUGGCCGACAAGAAGGGUCUCCAUGUGGUGGAAUUCCGGGAGGAAUGUGGUCCCCUGCCCAUCCUGGUCGCCUCCCCCCGGGGGGCCUUGAGGAAGGAUCCCCAGCCAGAAGAGGAGGUUCCCGACAUCAGGCUGGACUGGGAAGAGGUGAAGGCUGCACAGGGAAUGAAAUCUGUGUGUUCAGGUCUCAAGAGGGCCGCCACCUGACUUUCCCACCACUGACCUUCCCACCACUGACCUUCUGCCACCUGGCCUCCCCACUGCAGCACUGUGCCUGCUGCCCUAGGCGCCUGGGACUCCCCACUCACCUUGCCAUGUUGCCUGGUUUUGUUUUUGUUUUCUCAGGAAAUUCCAACCUUCUUUACUUGCAUAUAAAUAAUUCUAGUUUUGAUUUAUUGAUCACGUGAUCUAUGCCAGGCAGUGUGACAGGGAUGUUAUGUACUGACCUCAGUUCAAGACUACUUUAAAUACUCCAUGAAACCAGCAAAAGUAAAUGGAGCAGGGAGACAGGAAAAGACCCACCCAGGGGUAAUGUGCACAAGGAUGUGAAGGGCUGUGGUGGCUGUGCCCGAGGCCCACUCGUGCUGGCCCAUCCAUGGGAGGUGACCUCCUGCCCUGUCCCCCAUGGCUGCACCCACCUCCAGCAGGGCCCAGGCUGCCCUGGUGGCAGGAAGUGCCUCAUUGUUCCAACUUGCACAUCAAGUGCCAGCAGCAAGAACCUCUUGUCACACACUUGACACCGCUUGUGUGAUGUCUAGAGAAAUGUCUCCUCACCUCUUUUUGCCCAUUUGAAAAAUUGAGUUAUUUGUGUUUUUAUCAUUGAGUUGUAAAGAUGCUUUAGUAUUGUGGACACAGGCCCCUGUAAGGGUGUGACCCACCAUGUUCCUCCUCCAUGGGCAGAUCAUCAUUUCCUAUUUCUUUUAAUACUUUCUCUGCCCCCAUCCUCCUCCAGUCCUCUGCCUACCCAGGUAGGCCCUUCUCACAGUCCCCCAGUUUAUUGUCUUUAAGACAAUAGAGUAGUUAAAGCACAAUUAAUGCCAACAUGUUUUUUACACAUGUAGAUGUGCAAUGUAUAACAACACAGAGACCAGGCAGGAGUCCUGGAAAUACGCUGUCAUGUGGUUCUUGCAUGGGGUCAUUUGAAGGUGGACUGGUUAAGGGUCUGUCCACUUCUGGCAGCAGGCUGGUCGCAUCUCCAGCUUUGGUCAUGGCGUCACCCACCUCUCCUCGCAGUUCUCAAGUAUUCAAUGUUCUGCCGUGCAGUGCAUGCUCCCUGAGGAUGGUACAUCUUGGAGAACUGUCCCAUCAUCAUUCAGGUGGUGUCCCUCUUUGUAACUGGCAGUUUUCCUUGCACGUAGUUAAUAUAGUCUGAGCUUCAUACAGUGACUACUGCUUUCCUUCACUAGAGUUGGCCCCGUGUUUCCCUCUUCAACACUUCACUCUUAAUCUACGGUGGUCCCCUCGUACCCACGGUUCAGCUCGCCAAGGUUUCAGGUACUUGUGGUCAACUGCAGUCCCAAAUUGUUAAGUGGAAAAUUCUAGAAAUAAAAAAAUUUCCUAAGUUUUAAAUUAUA